AUGAAAAGAACAUUUACAUUUACCUUCAACAGAUUAAGUUUAAAAUUUGAAAAAGGUGACUUUGCCAUCUCAGUGCCUUGCACAUCAGGCGGCUCCUGCCACGAGUGGACGGGCCCAGCCGCCACCCACCUUCCCUGCCAUCCCCACUCCCCCUUUGAGCAGGUGGAGCUCCGCGGCGCUUUGCAGGAAGUCGUGCUGCAGCUCGGGAGGCUGCGGGACUUCUUCCCCUUCUCCCACACCACUUCCAACCUGGCGCUCACCACCUGCCGCCGCCUCCCGGCUUCAGCGACGAUAAGGGAGAGCUUACUCCACAUUGUCACCAUCACCUGCUUGAGACUUGCUGCGAAGGUCGGUGAAGAAGAGGAGUUAAUUCCACGCAUAAAGGACUUCAUCAAGUACUGCGGCUCUGACUAUACCCCAAGUGAGGUGCUAAGGAUGGAGCUGGCUAUUUUGGACAAACUGCACUGGGAUCGCUGUAUUGGGACGCCGCUGGACUUCUUGAACAUAUUCCACGCCCUGGUGGUCGUGGGCUGGCCCCGCGUGGUGGAGCUGCUGCCUCAGAGGAAUCCUUCCCUCCACGUCGCGUCCCUGACCAAGCAGCUGCAGCACUGCAUGGCGGGCCACCAACUGCUGCAGUUCAAGGGCUCCACACUGGCCUUGGUCAUCAUCACCUUAGAGUUGGAGAGGCUCAUGCCCGACUGGUGUGCUCCUAUAUCUGAUCUGCUAAAGAAAGCACAGGUCGGCAUUGAGCAGUUUGUCCACUGCAGGAUAUUGGUAAAGCAGCAGCUGACAAGUUAGUUUAGUCCUCCUCCUGCACAGACAACUUUUUCUUUCACCUGCGCUCCUACCCCAGUGCCCUUCAGAGCGUAAUGGCAACCUCUCCUUUGUUGGCCUCCUCUGAAUUCUAGGCUGUAUGGAUUUUGUAACAAGAAAGGGAAAAAGUCCUAGAAGAACAACUGAGAAAAAAAUUCCUGGGUCCUUAGAAGAAAAUAAAGGGAAAAAAGGUUGGGGUCACUAGAGAUAAGGGCCCUGCUCCCUUCUUUCCCCUGGACCUUUUCCCAGGGAGAAUGAAUGAGCGCUUACUUGGUUUUCCUUCCCCAGCAAGGGCUGGUAUCAGCCCCAAGCGAGCUGGAGUAUGAAGCCAGAGGAAGGCCUUGCUCAGGGCUGAAGGGCUGGGCUGGUUGUUUUUUGUUUUGUUUUGUGUGUUUUUUGUUUUAGGGCCAGGCUGGGUUUGACUGACCAGGUUUUGCUGCUCUCCCACCCAGAGCUGGCCAGGUCCUUCCGGCCUCCCAGGCUCAUAGCAAGCACAUGUGCAGCACCUCAAGCCCCAGCCAGCCUGCCUGCCACUGCAAAAAUAGGACAGUCCCUCCAGAUACAAUUACCCUGAUUUGGCCAUGACUUAUGUCUUCUCUUCACAAGGACUGUAUUAUAAAGUACGCUUUGUUUAAUGUACGAUAAUUUGAUCAAGCUUUAAGAAUAUUUUCCUUUUGUUACUCGUAAGCAAUGUCGUUGAUCGGCAUAACUAGUGAAAUUUUUA